AUGGAGGUCCACGACAUCGAGAAGCACUCUGCUGGGAGCCCUCACGAGGCCGAGGAUGCGAAAUAUCCUGGCUUAUCCUCAGGUCCAUUCCACAACAAUGAACAGCGCAUAAGUGCGGACAAACUGGCCCGCAAGCUGUCUGCGCGUCAGGUCCAAAUGAUUGCCAUCGGCGGGACGAUCGGUACGGGUCUAUUUCUGGGAACGGGAAAAGCGCUGGCAACGGGUGGUCCGGCUUCGAUGCUCAUUGCGUACGCCAUCUGUGGUGGAAUCGUUUUCGUGACGAUGUUGUGCCUGGCUGAAAUGGCUGCGUUUAUUCCCGUUGCGGGGUCCUUCUGUACAUUUGCCGGUCGCUUUGUUGAUGAUGCGUUGGGAUUUGCUCUUACUUGGAAUUACUGGUUCAAUGAUGCUGUUUCCACAGCUGCCGACGUUAUAGCGCUUCAGCUCCUGCUUCAAUACUGGACGGAUAACUUCCCGGGAUGGGCAAUCAGUCUGAUCUUCCUUGUUGUUGUCAUCGGGCUGAAUGUCCUGUCUGUGAGAAUUUAUGGAGAGAUCGAGUAUUGGCUCAGCCUUCUAAAAGUAAUCACUAUAAUAAUUUUCAUCAUCCUGGGCAUUGUAGUCAAUUGUGGUGGCAACACGGAGCACAGAUAUCUCGGGGACAAGUAUUUCUACGUUGGGGACGCUCCUUUCGUCGGAGGGAUCGGGGGAUUUGCAUCAGUCUUUGUGACCGCUUCGUUCGCCUUUGGCGGCACAGAAUCCAUCGCUGUAACCGCAGGCGAGACCAAAGAUCCCGACAAGACUAUGCCCAAGGUUGUUCGCAAUGUCUUCUGGCGAAUCAUCCUGUUCUAUAUUGUGUCCAUCAUCAUCAUUGGUCUCAACGUGCCAUACAACUACCCCAACCUGUCUAAAGGAAACACCGCCACCAGCCCAUUUACCAUUGUUUUUACCCAAGCCGGCAGUCAUGUGGCAGGGAGUUUCAUCAACGCUGUGCUCAUGACUAGCGUCAUCUCCGCUGCGAACCAUGCAUUGUUCGCCGGUUCCCGACUGCUCUACACUCUUGCUGUGGACGGGUACGCCCCUCCUUUUUUCGGCCACCUGAACCGCUUCCAGAUUCCCUGGAUAGCUGUUCUAGCAACCUCGGUCAUUAGCGGUCUUUGCUUCGGCGCCAGCUAUAUAGGCGCGGGUCAGCUCUGGUCAUGGCUACAAAAUAUUGUCGGCGUCUCCAACCAACUCUCAUGGGUCUGUAUCGGCGUGGCAUCCCUACGUUUCCGCGCCGCCAUCCGCCACCAAGGUUUAGAACAUCUGCUUCCCUACAAGAACUGGACGUAUCCCGUAGGACCAAUUAUCGCCGUGUGUCUCAAUGUCGUCCUCAUCCUCGUCCAGGGCUGGUCCUGUUUCAGCCCCCACUUCAAAGCCGUCGACUUCGUCUCAUUUUACAUCGAAAUCCCCAUCAUGAUCGUCAUGUUCCUGGCCUGGAAACUGGUGAAAAGAACUCACUUCGUCAAACUCAGCGAAAUGGACCUCCUUACAGACAGGUACAACAUCGUCCAUGACGACGGGCUGGACCCGAAUGUCACCGGCGGCGAGUCCGACGAUCGUGCAGAUGGUCUGCCUUCUCGACGCGAGAAACUCCUUUCUUCCUUCAAGGAUGAUGAAAAGGGUGUUUGGGUUAAGUUGAAGAGAUUCGGCAUGUGGCUGUUCUUAUAG